AGUUGCUUUCCGUGUUGAAAUACAGGCGACAUGUGAGUCUGCGGCCCCACGAAAGUCAAAAGUUGAAGACCAAUCCAGCACCACCCAAUAACAUUUUCGACUCGCAAAAAAUGCCACCUGGUACCUCUCCACAAAUCUUUUACAACCAACUGACCUCCCUUCAUAUCUCAAACCCUUCUUCGAGACCAAUCUUGUACCACAACAAGCAAGCGCCGCAAUCAUGAAUCUCAAGCGCCUCCUCCUCAUCUUCCUCACAGCAGUCUCACCCGCCGCCAGCCUGAAGAUGAAGCUCUGGCACGGCGUACCGAAAAAGACAAAUGGGACAGCGCUCUUAGCAUGCAUCGACGAGAUGCACGCCGACUGGUCCGGCAAAGGCAACACCGACCACUGGAACGGCGAUGGCUGGGAAUGCGGCGGUGCAACCUGGCAAUUCAGCCAAAAAUUCACACGUGGUCGUCUGAGAGCCACGGCAGUCAUCGCAAAAUGCACAGAUGAACUGAUGAAGUCGGCCGAGAGAGGUGAAGCGUGGGUCAAGUGCAAGGUCACGAGGACGCUGGCUCAGGCGUGGUUGGGCUGGUCGCCGAAGGGGUUUAAGAUGUGCGAUAAUACAGGAGGAGCGCCGUGCCAGCUGGACGAUGGCGUCUUGUUGAGUGCUGAUGGCGGAGCAGCGUGUCGGGCGGAAGGGUACUGUUACGGUGGUCCUGAAGCUCCCAAAGAGGCGAGUGUGAGUACGCAGACGGUCGAGAGGACGGUGACGGUUCCAGGGGGUAAUGUCGACCAGCCAAGUCCGACUGGAGAGCCUGCCAGUGAGGGCGCAGGCCCGAUAUCCUCGCCUGGAGAACCAGACGCACCGACGGCCAGCACCACUACAACGCAGGCGGAGUCGUUCACGUCAGUGAUUUCACUGCCAGUUGUGGUCGGACCAGGGCCACCCACGACUUCGACAUCGAAACCGACGACCCCACCACAGCCUUCCUAUCCCUCUCCUUCGAUAGAUGCCACGCCACCGCCUCCUUCGAGUUCGGCGUCGCCCCCGCCGACUCCUCCAAGCCCACCAUCCGCAACCCCCAACCUCACCACCUCCUCAUCGGCCUCCUCCGCGCCUACCGAGACGGUCAUAUUCAUCACUAUGACCUCUGGCCAAAGUCCGACCUUUUCCCCUCCAACAGCACCACCAACCUUUCUGCCCUCCACAACCCGGCGCCCAAUAAUGUCCACCACCAUCGACGGAACCCUUUACACCUAUCUCAAAGAGGUGACAACGACCAUCAAACCGCCGAUUCCUAUCACGACGACCAUCGACAAACAAGUAUUGACCCUGAUUCCAGCGACCACUCAAAGCACGCCUCAUACUUCAGCAAGCUGGGGACGGCACAAGACAUGGAGCAGAACGGGGUAGGCGGCACCAGAGCGUGCAGACGGUGAUCGGACGUCGGAUGGUCCAUGUCGGAAGACCACCGCUGGUUGUGUAGGCUUGUCGAUAGUAUCGUGGGAAUCCGCUUCUCUCGCUCGGU